CUCCCCAUCACCGGCCUUGGAGCAAGAAGAGAUCCCCCCCCCCCGAGCAUUUUCAAGGCGUGUCUUGUUACAUUUUUUGCAAGCUGGUGGCACACAGGGGUUGCAGAGUGUCAAGCUGAUCAGCAUUCAAGUGGCGAUGAGUGAGCCAAGUGAAGUGAGAGAGGCGCGUGCAACUGGCAGUGGAAGCUGAGGAUGGUGCAUGGGGAAAGAGAGAGAGAGAUGGGAAGAAGCUGUUUGUGUUGCCUUGGGAUUUUUCCACUUUGAAACCUACCAGGACCAGUUGCUACGAAGCAUGAAGCAGGCGGUGAUGGUUGUGAUGAUGAGGAAAGGCUGUUUCUAAAUGAUCGGGCUGCAGCUCCCUCAGAAUACAAGCAACAAAUGGCAGCGGGCUGUGGCCGGGCUGCAGCAGCAGCAGCAGCUGCAACUCCCAGGUUGUUGCUUUUUUCUCAGUGAGUUAUAUAUUCGUAAGUUUGAACAGAUUGAAAAUACGUUCAAAGAACCCAGCUCUGAGCCAAAUUUGGAUUCCUUCUCAGUUUUCAUCCAUUGUGAUCCUAUUGAGACGACAGCGCUUAUGACGAAAAGCGAUUAAGUGGAGCAAAGGCUGUAAUGAGAUGCAGCAUGCAUUACUCAAGUAUCCAGGAUGAGUAAUAUUUAUCUGUCUUUAUUUUUGGAAAAUGUGCAAAAUUUGUUCCUUGUGUAUUUUUUUUCAGGUUGAAUCAACUGAGAGUAUGUGACUUUUUACCAGCACUUAAUUGGGACUGUGAAGUGGGCAAAUGAAAUGUAGAAAUUAGAAAUGAAUUAUUUAUUUUUCCAAUUUGUUGUUGUAAAUGCUGGAGAAAGGAUAUGAAAAGCUCUACUGACUAGGAAGUUUACUAUGCUGUGAUUAUGGUUCCAGUUAUGGGUUAUGUAAACGCUGGACUUUAGCUUUGUGCCAUCCAGUUUUAAAAACAAACAAACCAACAAAAAACUGCUCGGAGAGGUAGGUAGCUAGUAGCAAGUGGAAAGUUUUCAUAAGCAGUACGGUCAGAUCUAGAAGUAUGGGGACUCUUACACACAUUUACUCCGACCUUCAGUCCCAGAGAUGAAAAAACUGCUUUAAACUAUUCUACUCUGAAGUCUACUGUGUGUAGAAGAAUAAAAGAAGACAUCUAAUGCCUUAGUACAAAGAGAGUUCCUAAAUUUUUAAUUAUUUUCCCCAUAUUCAAGGGAUUUGCUAGUAAGAAUAGAAACAUCUACAGAAACAAUUUUUAUUUAUAUUAAUAUCUUAUAGUCAGCAUGUAGUCUGAAAUAAUUACAGUGAAUAUACUCUCUUCUUCAAGCACUCAGAACUUGCAUUCAUUCCAGGAUUUUUACUACACAAUCCUGAAAAGAUAAUCCCUCAAUGUAUUAUGCUUCAUUUUUUUGAAUUUAUCCAACAGUGUCUUUUGUGAGCUUCAUUAGCAAUUAUUUUAGUAUAAUAAGUGACCCAGUUUGACAAAAGAUAACACACAUGUUGAAGAAUAAUAAAUUUAAACUUAAUUUACUAGAUAGUAUUUUGUUUCAAUAAAUUAUAUAUAUAAAAUGAUAUUUUGUUUAAAGUUUGACCUCAAAAGUUAAAUAUUAUUUCCCUGACUUUCUUUGUAUAGAAAAGCAGCCUCUAACUCAAAGUUUUUGAUAGAGGUUCAUGGAUUCAGCAUACACCUCUACUCCGAUAUAACGCGACCCGAUAUAACAUGAAUUCCGAUAUAAUGUGGUAAAGCAGCACUCCAGGAGGGCAGGGCUGCGCACUCCGUUGGAUCAAAGCAAGUUCAAUAUAACGCCAUUUCACCUAUAAUGCGGUGUAUUUUUAAGACGAAUACUGACCAUGAGGAAGUCCACUUAUUAGUCCACUUUUGCUAAUUCUGCUGAAGAAAAUGAAGCUACGCUUUGGCUGUACAGAAUCUUUUACCACCACUGUUGGGUAAAUGAGAAGUGGUCGUGUGAUUAUGCUGACAUCCCAGCAUGCAUUUGGUAGACCUGUGGUUAACUCGUUCCCUCUCCAUGUGUCUGCUCUUACAAAGUUUUGUCCUCAUGAUACUGUGCUUUCAUUCUGCCAGUAUGUGCCCAAAAGGCUGCCUUUGUUCUCAUUCUGGAGGUUUAAAUGUCAGUUGUAGCAAUGCAAAUCUCAAGGAAAUACCCAGAGAUCUUCCUCCUGAAACAGUCUUACUUUAUUUGGACUCCAAUCAGAUAACAUCCAUCCCAAAUGAAAUUUUUAAGGACUUGCAUCAACUGAGAGUCCUCAAUUUAUCCAAAAAUGGUAUUGAAUUUAUAGAUGAACAUGCCUUUAAAGGAGUGGCAGAAACCUUGCAGACUUUGGACUUGUCCGACAACCGGAUUCAAAGUGUGCACAAAAAUGCUUUCAAUAACUUAAAAGCCAGAGCCAGAAUUGCAAACAAUCCUUGGCACUGUGACUGUACUCUGCAGCAGGUCCUGAGGAGCAUGGCAUCCAACCAUGAAACUGCCAACAACGUCAUCUGUAAGACUUCUGUGUUAGAUGAACAUGCUGGGAGACCAUUCCUCAAUGCUGCCAAUGAUGCAGAUCUUUGUAACCUUCCUAAAAAGACUACUGAUUAUGCCAUGCUAGUCACCAUGUUUGGCUGGUUCACCAUGGUGAUAUCCUAUGUAGUUUAUUAUGUGCGGCAAAAUCAAGAGGAUGCAAGAAGGCACCUCGAGUACUUGAAAUCCCUGCCAAGCAGGCAGAAGAAACCAGAAGAAGCUGAUGACAUUAGCACUGUGGUAUAGUAUCCUGAAUACAACUGACUUUUAAGAUGGCAAUUAGAUUUGGAUGGCACUAAAACCAGAGGUUUACUUAUAACAUUCAUUGUAAACAUUUAAGACUUUUUUUUUUCAAUUUAACUGAAUUAUGCCACUGUUGAUCUUUCUAACAAAGGUUUUUGUUUGGGUGGUAUAUGUUAAUUGUUUCUCUGGUGGUAUUCUAAAGCAAGUAAACUAGUAUGUAAACAUUAGUUAGACCCAUUUAAUAACAAAAUUUAUUUUUUUAAUUUAAAACCGAAUAAAAGCUUAACUUUGAA